AUGCCAAAAGAAAAGGGCUACAAUCCGGUGCAAGCUCAGCGCAAAGCAGACAAAGCCAAGGCAGUCAAGAAAGGCAGAGCAGAAGCUCAAGAAAGACGCAACGAGAAAUUUGCACGCAAAAACCCAGACCGAAUCCAGAAGCAGAUCGAUGACCUGAAGAAAAUCGCUGCCGGCGGCGGCAAGCUCUCCCAACAUGAGGAGCAGCUGCUGGAAGGACUCGAGAAAGAAAUCAAGCUCAUUAGAAAGGCGAGGGAAAACUUAGGCGAGCGUGCACCAUCAUUCAAUCGCGGUGGCAGACGAGAUGGGGACUCGGGCGUCCUGGGGAAACGGCGACGGAAUUCUGCUGGUUCGAGUACCGACGAGGAUGUAUCAGACGAAGUGCGGAAGAUCCCCAUGCCCAGAGAUACACCGCCCCCGAUCCCCAAGGAAGUGCUGGAUCAGUGGUACGCGAAACGACGAGCACGACGGAACCCGAAUGCCGAUGCGAUGCGUGCAGAUGCAGAGAACAAGGAGAAGACUCCCAAGACGGAAGCUCCCCCUGCUCCAGUUCAGACUGUAUACGAAGCGAAACCCGUCUUGCGGGAUCUUCGACAAGAAGCUGUCUCUGCGUUUGUGCCGGCUGCUGUGCAGAAGAAACUGAACAAAGGUCGUGGACAGGCUGGCCUAAUAGAACCUGAGGAGGCGGAUCGAUUGGAGAAAGAAGGCUAUUUGAAAUCCGCAAACGACGAGGCUAGCACUACGGAGAGUACCCAGCAGAUAUCCAUGACCGCAACCGUGGAAGACGUUGAAGAUGACGACGAGUAA